CUUGAGAAAUGAGAGGCUUUUGAAGCUAGUAUAGGAAGUCCAAUAAAGGAUAGCCAAAUUUAUUUAAAGUUAAAGAGAAAAGGUGUGACGAAGGGGAAGAGUUCAGAGAUUAAAGGAAGGAAGAACAUCUUCGAUCGAUGGGAAAGGAAGAGAAAAACAAUAAGGAAGCUGCGAACAAGAUUCCCACCCAGAACGGAGUUAUAAUCUCUGUCUACGUCGAAUCACCUAAAACGCAAUCGCCGCAAAGAAGUACUGUAGCCGACGUUAAGAAAACCAAGCCAAAAAAAUCUGUUUCCAAGAAGCAUCAAGCCGCAAGAAAGCGCGGCUACGAUCGCAGGGCUCACCUCCUCGCCUACGCUAGAGACCUGAGAAAUGCGGGUCCCCAAGAGGUUCAGCGACCCAGAAACAAUACGAGGUCCAUGCCCAAGAAAAAAUGGAAAUGGUUGAUGAAACCAGCGAGUUUCUGCAUUCAGUCGCACCAGACGCUCGAGCGCACCAGUAGCCGAUGGAGAUAUGAGCGCAUGCCAAUAGAAAAGAAGACAGAAAAAGUAGAUCGAUCGGUCGGUUCCACAAGCAAGAGAAAGCCCCGGCCCACCAGGAGAAGCAAUUCUGAUCACUUCUUCAGUAAAUUAAGGUGUAUGCUGAAAGAAUUAUCAUGUAAAAAGGAUGACGUUGGUAAGGAUCCUAAGGUGAUGAUUGUGAUCAAGAGUACGUCGCCCUCCGAUCUACGUUGAUUAUGUACGUGUUUGGUGGCAUUAUGAUUCUAGCAGAUUAAGAUGUGUGUUCCAGAUGAAGAUAUAUGCAUACUUGAAUUCUGGGUCUUUCGUCUUCGAUCCACCUUUUGUGUUACGUUUGUUGCGGACAAUUAUGAAACAUCCGUUAUUUUCUCCGAUGUGUAGGAUUACAAGAAAAAUGAUUUGGAAUAUUACAACUUUUACUAAUUAAAGAGGUAUUUACUAACUUAAA